ACAAACAAACAAGUUAUCCUAUUCAGUUGUUCGUGUAACGUUAGCUAGUUAAGCACAUGUGUUUGUUUACACGUCAUACAUACAUGGUUGUGUUUGGUCAACAUUUUUUUAUUUUAACUCGGCAAGUCAUUUAUGUACAAUUAAGGCCUAGGAACAGUGGGUUAACUGCCUGUCAGCUCGGGGAUUCGAUCGAGCAACAUUUCGGUAACUGGGCCAACGCUCUAACCACUAGUCUACCUGCCGCCCCGAUUACACAAUUAGACCUUAACCUCGCCAAGACUGAUCAUGAAGAGAAGUCGACAUCCAAGCAGCAGCGAAGACUCUGACAAUGGAAGUAACUCCACUUCUUGGUCGCAACAUUCUAAACUCAGGAGAACCAAUGGGAUGAAGCCCGCAGAGGUGUUCAGGACAGACUUUAUCACGGCCAUGAAGCUCCAUGACAAGUACCAACUGAACCCUGAGGAUUACUUCAUCCUGGCCGAUCCCUGGAGACAGGAGUGGGAGAAGGGAGUCCAGGUCCCUGUCAGCCCUCACAUCAUUCCCCAGACUGUAGCCCGGGUGGUGGCUGAAAAGGGGACGGAGGUGAUGUUCUUGAAGCCCAAGAAGUGGAUCCGUUCUGGGGGUUCAGGGGCGCUGGGGUACGUGGACAUCCAGACCCUGGCUGAGGGGACGUGUCAUUACGACCUCAACGACACUGACGUGGCCUGGCUGGAGCUCAUCAACCAGCAGUUCACUCUGAUGGGCAUGGCUGUACUGGAUGAGACCACCAUGGAGAGAGCAAUGGAGGAGUUCGAGCGGCGUUGCUAUGACAGAAUGAGACAUCCCAUGGCAACGGAGGAGGGGUUUGGCAUGGAGUACGACGAAGACGUCGUGUGUGACGUGUGUCGGUCACCUGACGGCGAGGACAACAAUGAGAUGGUUUUCUGUGACAAGUGCAACAUCUGUGUUCACCAGGUGUGUUAUGGGAUUCUGAAGGUACCAAAAGGGAGCUGGCUGUGUCAGACCUGUGCUCUCGGCAUCUCGCCCAAAUGCCAAGUCUGCCCCAAGAAGGGCGGGGCCAUGAAGCCCACCCGCAGCGGAACCAAGUGGGUCCACAUCAGCUGUGCUCUGUGGAUCUCCGAGGUGAGCAUUGGGAACCCAGAGAAGAUGGAGCCCAUCACCAACAUGUCCCACAUCCCCAGUAACAGAUGGGCACUGACCUGCUGUCUCUGUAAAGACCAGACUGGAUCCUGUAUACAGUGUUCAGCUGAAAGCUGUCGGACAGCGUUCCAUGUGAGCUGUGCCUUAGACAGCAGUCUGGAGAUGAACACCAUCAUCAAAGAGCAGGAUGAGGUCAAGUUCAAGUCCUUCUGCCCUAAACACUCUGGUCUGGUGGGAGGAGAGGACGGCAAGGAGGGGAGGAGGGGAGGGAGACUGAGAGGAGAUGAAGUUCUUAACCCUCCUGUCCCUCAUCCAGUCCCCAACCCAGUGGAGGCCCUGAGCCUCCAUCACAUCAGACUACAGCAGCUGGAGGAGUCGUCACACCAGUUAGUUGCUGUGAAGGAGGUGUCCCAGGCCCUGCAGCUGAACCAGGAGACAGUCCACUUCAUGUAUCAGUACUGGAAACUGAAAUGCCAAGCCAAUCACAGCCAGCCAUUGCUGACUCCCCAGAUGGAGGAGGAGAGUCUGGCAAGGAGAGAACAUGAUGAUGUCGUCCUCCACCACCUGUUUCCCCGGGGGAUGGGUCAGGGUGCUGCGCCGACGCCUCCCAGGCCGGCCACACCCAGGUAGCUGGCUAUUGGCUGAUUGUCUCCAGCUGCAGAGGGGGGGAGUCACCAAAGAGGUGGAUGACUAACUCCUAACCCAAUACCAGCAGGUGUAUCUCGAACCAUUGAAAUAAAUCCGGAGUGCAGCAUUGGCUGUUGCCUGUGUGCUUGUCUAAUGACUGGGAGAAACAUCACAGGAAUAUGAGACCAGUGUGCUAUGACCCAGACAGACAGAACUACUGUACUCCUCAGAACCAGACAGAACUACUGUACUCCUCAGAACCAGACAGACAGAACUACUGUACUCCUCAGAACCAGACAGAACUACUGUACUCCUCAGAACCAGACAGAACUACUGUACUACUCAGAACCAGACAGAACUACUGUACUCCUCAGAACCAGACAGAACUACUGUACUACUCAGAACCAGACAGACAGAGCUACUGUACUACUCAGAACCAGACAAACAGAGCUACUGUACUCCUCAGAACCAGACAGAACUACUGUACUACUCAGAACCAGACAGACAGAGCUACUGUACUCCUCAGAACCAGACAGAACUACUGUACUACUCAGAACCAGACAGACAGAACUACUGUACUCCUCAGAACCAGACAGAACUACUGUACUACUCAGAACCAGACAGAACUACUGUACUACUCAGAACCAGACAGACAGAACUACUGUACUCCUCAGAACCAGACAGACAGAACUACUGUACUCCUCAGAACCAGACAGAACUACUGUACUACUCAGAACCAGACAGAACUACUGUACUACUCAGAACCAGACAGACAGAACUACUGUACUCCUCGGAACCAGACAGAACUACUGUACUACUCAGAACCAGACAGAACUACUGUACUCCUCAGAACCAGACAGACAGAACUACUGUACUCCUCAGAACCAGACAGAACUACUGUACUACUCAGAACCAGACAGACAGAACUACUGUACUACUCAGAACCAGACAGACAGAACUACUGUACUCCUCGGAACCAGACAGAACUACUGUACUACUCAGAACCAGACAGAACUACUGUACUACUCAGAACCAGACAGAACUACUGUACUACUCAGAACCAGACAGACAGAACUACUGUACUCCUCAGAACCAGACAGACAGAGCUACUGUACUCCUCAGAACCAGACAGAACUACUGUACUACUCAGAACCAGACAGAGCUACUGUACUCCUCAGAACCAGACAGAACUACUGUACUCCUCAGAACCAGACAGACAGAGCUACUGUACUCCUCAGAACCAGACAGAACUACUGUACUACUCAGAACCAGACAGACAGAACUACUGUACUCCUCAGAACCAGACAGAACUACUGUACUACUCAGAACCAGACAGAACUACUGUACUACUCGGAACCAGACAGAGCUACUGUACUCCUCGGAACCAGACAGACAGAGCUACUGUACUCCUCGGAACCAGACAGACAGAGCUACUGUACUCCUCGGAACCAGACAGACAGAACUACUGUACUCCUCGGAACCAGACAGACAGAGCUACUGUACUACUCGGAACCAGACAGACAGAGCUACUGUACUCCUCGGAACCAGACAGACAGAGCUACUGUACUCCUCGGAACCAGACAGACAGAGCUACUGUACUCCUCGGAACCAGACAGACAGAGCUACUGUACUCCUCGGAACCAGACAGACAGAGCUACUGUACUCCUCGGAACCAGACAGACAGAGCUACUGUACUCCUCGGAACCAGACAGACAGAACUACUGUACUCCUCGGAACCAGACAGACAGAACUACCGUACUCCUCAGACUCUAACCCACCAUACUGUCUUACUGACCCCGACUCUAAACCACCAGUCAAAUUGACCCUGACUCUAACCCAGCACACUGUCCAACUGACCCUGACUCUAACCCACCAUACUGUCUUACUGACUCUGACUCUAACCCACCAUACUGUCUUACUGACCCCAACUCUAAACCACCAGUCAAAUUGACCCUGACUCUAACCCAGCAGACUAACUGACCCUGACUCUAACCCAGCACACUGUCCAACUGACCCUGACCCACCGUACAGUCAAAUUUAACCUGACUCUAAUCCACAAUACUGUUUUACUGACCCUGACUAACCCAGCACACUAACUGACCCUGACUCUAACCCAGCACACUAACUGACCCUGACUCUAACCCAGCACACUAACUGACCCUGACUCUAACCCAGCACACUAACUGACCCUGACUCUAACCCAGCACACUAACUGACCCUAACCCAGCACACUAACUGAACCUGACUCUAACCCAGCACACUAACUGAACCUGACUCUAACCCAGCACACUAACUGACCCUGACUCUAACUAACCUUACUCAAAUCAAAUGUUAUUUGUCACAUACACAUGGUUAGCAGAUGUUAAUGUGAGUGUAGUGAAAUGCUUGUGCUUCUCGUUCCGACAAUGCAGUAAUAACCAACGAGUAAUCUAGCUAACAAUUCCAAAACUACUACCUUAUACACACAAGUGUAAAGGGAUAAAGAAUAUGUACAUAAAGAUACAUGUAUUACAUAAAGAUGGCAAAAUGCAGUAGAUGAUAUAGAGUACAGUAUAUACAUAAAUAUGAGAUGAGUAAUGUAGGGUAUGUAAACAUUAAACAAUGCUACUUAAUAUAAAGUGGCUAUUGAUAUUUUUACAUCAAUUUCCAUUAUUAAAGUGGUUGCUGCCAACA